AUGGAUCUCGGCAGCCUGGCCAACUUGCAGACGGAAGGGGUCAAUCCCCGGACCGUGACUAUUGACCGGAUGUCGACGUUGGAGAUGUGCAGCGUCAUCAAUGCCGAUGACCAUUGCGUCGCCGAGAGUGUUGCACCGUGUCUGCCCGUGAUUGCGGGUGCCAUCGACGGGCUGGCUCAGCGCGUGCGCCGAGGAGGCCGAGUGAUUUACGUCGGGGCUGGUACGAGCGGCAGACUUGGCAUCUUGGACGCAUCUGAGAUUCCUCCGACGUUCGCCGCAUCGCGCGAGCAAUUCGUCGGGUUGAUUGCGGGCGGAGAUGCCGCAAUUCGGCAAGCCCAAGAAGGUGCCGAGGAUAAUGAGCAAGCCGGCGGGGACGAGAUGAAGCAUCUCAAUCUCGAUCCCAAACUCGAUAGCAUCAUCGGCAUUGCGAGCUCCGGCCGGACGCCCUACGUGAUGGGGUGUCUCGCUUUUGGAAAGAGUCUGGGCUGCCUGACCAUUGGCGUUGUCUGCACAGAGCCCUCGGUAAUGGGUCUAUCGGGCAAUGUGGAUUAUCUGAUUGCGCCUCUUCCUGGCCCAGAGGUGGUGACUGGAAGUACCCGACUCAAGGCCGGCACAGCGACCAAGUUGGUUUUGAACAUGCUUAGCACGGGGACGAUGAUUCGGACGGGGAAGACUUACGGCAAUAUGAUGGUCGAUCUGCAAGCGUCAAAUUUGAAACUGAAGCAGCGUUCGAAGAACAUCUUGAAACGACUAAGCACGGUGUGUGCUGCCCUGUCCGAUUCUGAAAUGGAUACUCUCCUCGUCAAGUGUGAUCGCAGUGUCAAGCUGGCAAUUCUCGUCGCGGAGACGGGGAAAUCUGUUGAGGACUGUAAGAAGCAUUUACAGUCCGCAGGAGGCAUUCUGUCAAAGGCACUAGAUGGUGUUGCGCAGCCGGCAAGACCAGUGGUGAACAAGCUAACGAAAAAACUCGUGCUAUGCGUUGAUGGUGGAGGCACCAAAUGUGCAGCCGUAGUCUGUGAUGCGUCGGGAAACACCAGCCAUGGGUAUUCUGGCCCAAGCAAUCUGUAUGUUGACGUCCUUUCAGGGAACGUAGAAUGGCCCGGGCUAAUCCAAUCUGUUAGGACUGACGGCAUCUCUAACGUGGAUGGAGUGGUGGCUAACCUGAUCAAUGCCACCAAGAGUGCCCUCAAUGAGCAUCUGCAUGGAGAGGAGCUGACCGAGUCAGUCUGGAGGCAAUGCCUUCAGACUUCCUUCCGGUCUGUCUGGAUUGGCCUGGCCGGGUUGGAUCGUGCUGGACUGCAAGCCGAGUUAGCUCCGAAGCUGAGCGAGAUGUUUGGCCUGGAUCAUACCACGACCGAUUUCCGAUUAACUAGCGAUGUAGAUCUCCUGCCGGGAACAGCAUCCCAGCAGGAGGAACACCCACCUGUGGUGGUCCUCAUCGCAGGCACGGGAAGUGUGGCUAUGAGGUACACCUGGAACCAGAGCCAGGGAUAUGUUCGGGUCGCUCGCGCCGGCGGCUGGGGUCAUCUUCUAGGUGAUGAGGGCGGGGGCUAUUCGAUUGGCCGUGAAUCCAUCAAGCAUACGCUGACUGUGCUGGAAGAGCGGACGCUGGGCCUGCGUGAUCAAGACCUCGGAGAGCUUGAGCUGGCAGUGGUCAAGCAGCUGGACUGUCCGGUGACCGAGGAUGGAAGUAUUGACCUCUUGACUGAUAUUCUCUCACGCCAACACACGUCACAUAUCAAGGCUCGCAUUGCUGGGGUCGCAGAGACGGUGCUAAAACUGGCAGUCAAGGAUCAUGCGGCCAAGGCAAUUGUGACAGAUCAAAUAACCUGCUUCCUCAACAAGACCCUCGACCGUCUCAAUGAUCGCAAGUGCCGCACUUUCACACCCGCCGAGGAAUCCGAGCUGGUGUUGGCAGGAGGGUUGAUGAAGAACGAAGAAUAUCAAGCGCUGCUGCGGCAGCAACUUGGCCAGCGUGGGCUGCGCUUUCGGGAAGUCCGCGUGGUCGAAGAUGUGGCAGAAGCUGCUGCGACGUGUUUGGCAUUGAAUUAG